AUGCAUUCCCAAGCGAGACGACGUAUAUUGAGGGAUUUCACUAAAUUAAGUUCAGAUCCACCUGAAGGCAUUUGUGGAACUCCACUAAAUGGAGACCUAAUGCACUGGGAUGCAGUAAUAUUUGGUCCUGAAGGAACUAUUUGGGAAGGUGGUAUAUUCAAGCUUGAUAUUAAGUUCUCUGAAGAAUAUCCAAAUAAGGCUCCAGAUAUCAAGUUUAUAACGAAAGUAUUUCAUCCAAAUGUAUAUAUAAAUGGAAAUAUUUGCUUGGAUAUCUUACAACAACAAUGGAGUCCUGUAUUUGAUAUAUGUGCUAUUUUAACAUGCAUUCAAUCUUUGUUAAAUGAUCCUAAUCCGAACUCUCCAGCCAAUGCUGAAGCUGCUCAAAUGUAUACUGAAAACCGUCUUGAAUAUUACGAAAAAGUACAACAAUGUGUUAAAGCUUCCUGGGAAGAAGCUGAAGAUUCAUCAAAUGAAGAAGAUAAAGCUAAAGUUCUAUAA